GGGUGCGGAGUGGGUCGAGCAUUCGGCGCGGGCGUUUAAAUCGCACAGCGUGCACACCGGAGGGGUGCCACCACUCCAACCUGAGCCACCACAAAAGCUGCCAACGCGAGCCAGCUUGCCGUUGCUGUCAAGCGUCACCCAGGGAGCUCUCUGUUUUUUAAAAAAAAAGGAGCAGAGGAGUGGCGCCUGCGCUACCGUCGACGGCUGCGCGUGCAUGGCCACACGGACCGGACGCGGCGACCUCUGCCAGGCGCAACACACCUGAGCCCCCCCCCCCAGCCCCCACAGAAAACACGCCUUCCCCCCCUCCCCCUCCCCGCCACGUCCGUCCCGCUCACGCGCCUGCCACCGCCGCAGUCGGAGUGGGGGGCCCAGAGAAACAAAUACGGCCCCCAAGUAAAAUGGAAGAGCUCGUCAUUCUCCGUCGCCGUUGACAACCUCGACCGCAAGCAGCAGCAGCAGCUAAAAAAAAAAAACCGCUCGCCUUAAAUGAAUCGACACGACGAGCGGACGGGCAAAGCCGGCGGACACGAGCGCCGCUUUGUUUGCCCAGGCGACUGCCGGAGAGUGGUUGCGGAGUGACGGGCCCCGAAACCCUGCGCUUUUUCGUGGACGAAACGCAAAACGGAAAAAAGGACGCCGUUCCUUACUUUUGCGGCGAUCGCGGGUGAAUUCGGCUCGGAGGUGCGGAGCUGCGCCAGGAGGAGGGGAGGGUCGCACUAUGUGAGCACGGCCAGGAUCGCCGCCUACGUCGAAGCGAACCAGCUGCUCUUUGGAGGCGACGAGGGUGGGGAGUUCAAAUCAAGCCGAGACCGAUCGAGACACCACGCCGAGCACGUAAAUGUGAACUUGAAAAUGUUGUGGACACUGAAAGUUACGUCUUGAAGUCAACGUGAACAGGUUUCAGAAGUUGCAAUUGCAAAUCGGAGUGAAGCACGUGAUAUAUUCAUUACGAAGAUACCCAUACACUGAGUUUAUUAAAUAUCAUUUGAUUUUUUGACAUAUAAUUAGAAGACAAUGGCUAGAAUGAAUCGGCCAGCACCGGUGGAGGUCACGUACAGGGAGAUGAGGUUUCUGAUUACCCACAACCCCAACAAUACAACCCUCAACAAGUUCAUAGAGGAGCUGAAGCAGUACAGCGUGACGACCGUGGUGCGCGUCUGUGAAGUGACGUACGACAAGAGUCCGCUGGAAAGGGAAGGCAUAAGCGUCAUAGACUGGCAGUUUGACGACGGCGCCCCACCCCCUGGAAAAGUGGUCGACGAUUGGCUGAGCCUUCUCAAGACCAAGUUUCGCGAGGACCCGGGUUCGUGUGUCGCCGUCCACUGCGUCGCUGGUUUGGGCAGGGCUCCGGUGUUGGUGGCGUUGGCGCUGAUCGAGAGUGGGAUGACGUACGAAGACGCGGUACAGUUCAUCAGGCAAAAGCGACGAGGGGCUAUUAACAGCAAGCAGCUGCUGUACCUGGAGAAAUACCGGCCCAAGAUGCGACUGCGUUUCAAGGAUUCUAACGGCCACAAGAACAGCUGCUGCGUCCAAUAAAGAAAACAACAAAAACGAAAUGUAAAAACGGACACUUGGGGAAGUGCAGAAAAAGCGAAGACACUCAACCCAAGUUCAGCGGGAGAAUCAAUUCAAGAAAGGCUGGAAGAGGAGACGCGGGCGCCCUGCCACUACUUCAGUUACGGUUGGCGCAGAGGGCAAGCUGUCAACCGGGAAGGAGAUAUGAAAUGUGGACCUUGAACAACAACCAGCAUUGAUUAUGCAAUCAACAAGUUAACCUGAAAAAAAGUUAUUGCCCUCCAGAAAAUGAAUCCAUUAAAAUUUGACAAAACCCAUAGUACCGGUGUAAUACCACGAGCAGUUGCUUCAAGCAGUGUUUGUUGUGAAUGUCGAAUUGUGGAAUAUGAAUGAACGGAGGAAGGAGGUGCAUGCUGUCGUCUGCGGGUGGUCACACCGUGUGCGGCAGCUGAAGUGGAAACACUUGACGAAAAGAUUCGCCUGCCCACUCCAUCAGCUUCAAGGUUCUCUGCAAAAACGCUACAAUCGAGAGCCCCCCCUCCACAACUAACAUCACAAGGAUUCUCAAAACACGUUACUUCACUUCUGUACUGAAAAUGUUGUUGAUCAAUCAACAAAAACAAGAUAAAAUCAGCAGCCAGUCGACGAAUUCCAAGUAAAACGCAUUUCAAAGCUGUAUUCUCUCCAUCGUUUUGCUGGAAACUGAAAAGAACUCUUAAAUUUCUACACCAAAAUGUAAAAGAAAGGAGCCAUUUUUUUAAGAAAGACUGCCACUGCUUUCUUGUCGAUGCAAUCCGCAGAAAAAAACAUUUGUAUUUCAAUACCGUUCUGAAAUAUCAAAACAUUUCAGAUGUUCUUGCAUAAAACAAUUAAAAGGCCCAUAAACCUUGUAAUAUUUUUUGAUAAUGUAAUUGAGAUGUGAAGGAACAGGUAUGUGAAUAAAAACUGUUAUUUUAACUGUUUGAUAUCAGACUAUGAAAUGAUAUACAUGUAGUGACGUUGCCUAAUACUGUAAAUCUGCACUUUUUACGUAUGUAUUUUUAAAAGCUCAGAUUGUUUGAAAGACUGACUCAGCUAUUCAAAAUAAAACCACACACACACACUUUGUGCCUUCCAUGACGAGAUCAUGUAAACAGCAUUGCAAUGCAAUUUAAGAGCGAGACUGCAAGGGGGCGCGGUUCAGUCUGUGGGCUCAAGCUACUCGGGUCAAGAGGUUGCGAACAUUUGGUCACUGUGCGAGUUUUUAAAAUUUUCAAAAAGAACUGGGACAGCAAAAAUGGCAAUAGAAACCCGUGGGUGGAAUUCGGAUUAAAUUAUUUGUCCAUGUGCUACUGUAUCAAAGGCAUGAUCGGUGCUCAGUCUGGAGUUUGCAGGUUAAACAAAUUAUCCAGGUGAUACUGCGUUGGCAGUGGUCCACCGACUUUGCUCAUUAACGCCACCUAAAAACAAGUACAGAAUAGGAGGCGUUUCGGCACAUGUGCUAUGAAGAAGGCCCAUUGCCCAAAUCGUCACCUAUGAUAUACUUUAACUUUUAAGGCCAUGGUGUUAAGACUAAUGUGUUAAGUUUUUUUUUUGGUAUUUCACUGGGUAGACCUCAAAUGGUCCAUUUGAAAUGCUUAUCGCAAUUUAAAUUUCUAAACGCAAUAACAUAUGUACGUUAAACCAUAAGUGAGCAUUAAAAAGAAAUGCAUUGUCACAUAUUUAAUAGGUGGCUACCCUAACAUACAGAAGGUGUGGUGUCAUAAUAUAACUGAUAAAUACAGUUUGUUUUAAACAAUGUAAUAUCUUUCAGCCCUUCGCUAAUCCACUGCUGAGGAAAGGACUCGGCAUGCUGAAUGAGUUAUGCGACUUAUCUGAUCGUAUUUCACCAUGCUGGUACUUGACAAGACUGAAUUUUUAAAAAAGCAAAUCUGCAUGUUUUAUUCAUUAGGCAUCCCCUAAAAAGUAGCCAAUGCGAUCUUGUGACUUAUGGUGCUCACAAGAUGCACCAGUCAAAGUUUGGAGCGGUAGGCAAAAGGUGGCUCCGGUCUUUUACUGGACUUGAACCCCCAGCCAAAGCUAAGGACUCACAAACACAGAGGCCACAUCAUCCCGAGACCGGAGUUUGAGGCCAGAGCACCCACCAAAUUACACAAUCCGCUUCUCCGGUAUCAGCAUGGUCACUGAAGUACUCAAAAACAAAACAAACAGAAACGUAUAAAA